GAGAAUAAUCUUUUUUUGGGGGGGAGGGACGCAGACCCCAUCUUGAUUGUGGAUUACUUUGUUAAAUCUCCUCUGCAAUGGAAAACAUAUCAUCAACAAACAAUAUGGAAGAAAACCAAGAGGAAAGCGAGACUUCUAUAAUAAUAAGUAACCGCCAGCUCUUGGAAGAAGUGAAAAAAGAAUUCAAGGAUUCAACCAGACGUAACACAAAAGACUCUGAGAGGUCAUGCAGAAAAAGCUUCAGGCUAGACUAUAGGUUAGAGGAGGCUGUAACUAAAUCACAGAAAGGAAAAGAUGGAAGAUACAUCAACCCUUGGCCAACAUGGAAAUAUCCAACUCUUUCAGAGGUUUUAAAAUGGAUGAUACUGGAAAAAGAUAACAGCAAAAUUCCACGUUGUAAGGAGGAACUGGACAAAGAACUUCCAGUGGUUUGCCCUUAUUUUGUUGAUAAACCCGCAGAAGCUGGAAUGAAGGAAGGUGGUUUACGUGUCACAUGGCUUGGACAUGCAACAGUUUUGGUGGAAAUGGAUGAAGUAAUAUUUCUCACAGACCCUAUUUUCAGUAUGCGGGCUUCACUGACACAGUUGAUUGGUCCAAAACGCUUUCGCAAUCCACCAUGCACAGUACAGCAGCUUCCCAAAAUAGAUGCAGUUAUUAUCAGUCAUACCCACUAUGACCACUUGGACUAUAAUACUGUACUUAGUCUAAAUGAGCGCUUUGGUUGUGAGCUGAGAUGGUUUGUGCCUAUGGGUCUGUUAGAGUGGAUGCAGAAUUGUGGAUGUGAGAAUGUGAUUGAACUGGACUGGUGGGAAGAGAACUGUAUUCCUGGACAUGAUGAUGUCACCUUUGUCUUUACACCUUCCCAACACUGGUGUAAAAGAACUCCAGUAGAUGACAAUAAAGUUUUGUGGGGCAGCUGGUCUGUCUUGGGGCCCUGGAAUAGAUUUUUCUUUGCAGGAGACACUGGUUAUUGUACUGUGUUUGAAGAGAUAGGAAAACGAUUUGGACCUUUUGAUCUUGCAGCUCUUCCCAUUGGAGCUUAUGAACCAAGAUGGUUCAUGAAAUACCAGCAUGUAGACCCUGAAGAAGCUGUAAGGAUUCACAUCGAUGUUCAAGCAAAGAAAUCUGUAGGAAUUCACUGGGGAACCUUUGCCUUAGCAAAUGAGUAUUACUUGGAUCCUCCAUUGAAACUGAAUGAAUCUCUAGAGAGGUAUGGAAUUAACAAUGAAGAUUUCUUCACCUUGAAGCAUGGGGAAUCAAGAGAUGUAAAGACUGACAAUGAAAACCUUGAAUAAAUGUGGAUGAUAAAGAUUGAGAAUAAAUAUAAAUAUCAGAGGGCUUUAAAAAAAAAGCAAAACCUC